GUCUACGCAUGCAAAAGUGUCUGUCAGCGAUUUGUAUCUCACACACAACCCAACCCUCCUACUCCACACACAACCCUUUACCCAUCUACAAUUACCUUGACAGUUCGUUUUUUUGGUUUGUUUGUUUACUUGAUAUUUUUUAAUUCAUCUCUGGCCUUUUAAUUCCCCUGACAUCAAAGAUGAAAUUGCUGAACACGUAUAGCCAAAGCACACACCAAGGUGGGCCUAUUAAAGACACAGGGAGCAGAGGGGAGGAGCCUGAGUCUGGCUGCAGCAGCUGCAUUGGCUGUCUGUUCAGCAGUGGGGAGGGGCUGAGGGAAAGAGAGAGAGAGAGAGAGAGAUGAGGGAUGAGAGCAGUGCUCUUGUUGGGAGAUAGGGAAUGCCCGUUAGUUGCGUCUUCCGAUAAUAGCAUAUCAGUCAGAGAGCUGCUAUUGGGAGAGCACAGCACAGGCAGUGCGGAGGACUGAGCCGCUGAGCACAGAAUGGUACACUAGAGAAGACAGGCACACUCAGAAGGAGGCAGAGAGAGAGAUGUGAGUGAGGGAAAAGAGAGUGCAUCAGAGCACGUUGACGAGUGGAGGACAGAGAAGGAGCAGAGCGGUGGAAAGAGGAGAGGAGAGCGUGGAAACGAGAAAAGUUACCGGGUCAGCAGGAGAACGUGCAAGUGGAGCAGCUGAGGCUCACUGGGGUCUUUCUCCCUCUGGAGCAGCCUGGCAUAGCAAUAAGAAACACAGGAGGAGAGUGCUAUUACCAGAGGGGAUAGAAGGGGUACUGUAAGUUCUUCCUGGAGAGACAGUGAGGCAAGAGUAAUGCUCCUUACAGGACCCCUCUGCACAGCUUCUUCAGGACUACCACAGCAAGACAGCAGCAGCCAACAGAAGAUACUUGAACCUGGCAGAGGUGCCUGGACAGUGCAGUUCUGUUCGCUUCUAUACUGAAGACUUUCUCUGUAAACUGUGUGCUUUAAGGUGGAUGUAGUUGUGUUUCUGUGAGGCUUUUUAUUUCUUUUUUUGUUCUUUUGUUUGUUUGUUUGGUUUUUUUUUUUUGUGCUUUUGCUUCGGUGAAGCAGUGGAGAUUUGGAGCCUGAGUUGUCCUGUCCUGUCAUCUUUGAGACUAUGGUAGACUGUGCGUCAAGGAGCCUUUCAUCAGCACCUGAAGCCUUAGAGCAUGGAGAAGUCCAGCAGUGAGGAGUCAGCCAUUCACCGUAGCCCUUCUGUAGAUAGCCGUGACUCUGACUUUGCUCAAGCCUCCACAUCUGGCCGCCCUUUUGGCGGCCGCGGCUUCACUGCCGGCGCAUUCUACGGCUCCACGGGGCCGCGCAAAAACGCACAGCAGGGACAGACUGGAGCGCCGGCUGACGCCAGCACAGGAAACAAGACCAACAGCAAGUACAGCUCACCCAAAGGCAGCAAAUACGUAGUCUUUUACCUGGAUCUAUCCUUUGUGUUCCUUUUAGAAUUCAAGAAGUGCAACAUGGCAAGAGGCUGCCUCUGCUGCUUGAAGUAUAUGAUGUUCAUCUUCAAUCUCAUCUUCUGGUUAUGUGGCUGUGGGCUGCUAGGCGUGGGCAUCUGGCUCUCUGUGUCUCAGGGCAGCUUCGCCACUUUCUCGCCCUCAUUCCCCUCGCUGUCAGCUGCCAACAUGGUCAUCGGCAUCGGCGCCAUCGUCAUGGUAACGGGUUUUCUCGGUUGCCUGGGUGCCAUCAAGGAGAACAAGUGCCUGCUUCUGAGCUUCUUCAUUGUCCUGCUGAUAAUUCUCCUGGCAGAGCUGAUAUUACUCAUCCUGUUCUUCGUGUACUCCGAUAGGGUGAGUGAGAACGCCAAGCAGGAUCUGAAGGAUGGGUUGGCUCUCUACAACUCAGAGAACAACAUAGGCCUGCGAAAUGCCUGGAACAUCAUACAGGCAGAGUGGAAGUGCUGCGGUGUGAUAGCGUACACCGACUGGCAUGAGGCCCUGAAGGAGAAGGUAGUUCCUGACCGCUGCUGCCAGGAGCAUUAUCAGAACUGUGGACGUAACUCCACCAACAUGUUCUGGAACAGGGGCUGCUUUGAGAAAGUGGAGGAAUGGCUGGAUGACAACAAGCACCUGCUGGGAACCAUAGGCAUGGUCAUCUUGGUAGUGCAGCUUCUGGGCAUGGCUUUCUCCAUGACGCUGUUCCACCACAUCCACAGAACGGGGAAGAAGUACGACGCUUAGCCUUGAAAGGAGGCACCCAAUGGAGAGGAGCCCCACUGCCUGAUGGGAUGAGACUCUGAUUUAAACCCCCCUUCACCCCCCACUUUACAAGCUCCUUUGCUCCCCUCCCCUCCUCCCAGGAUAUUCUGUACAGAUUCCAACUAUGUCCCCGCUCUGUUGUGCUCUCUCCUCUCACCAUUCAUUUUGCCAAAGAGUAACACAACUGGAAGAGAAGGGACACCUACUUUUGGCAAGGAAGAGAAUCCCAUUGGUUGUCUCUCCUCUUGAGAUUGUUUUUUUUUUUGUUGUUGUUGUUGUUUUUUGUUUUGUUUUUGUUUUUGUUUUUUGCUUGAACUAACAAUUUGCUGGAAGGAAGGAUGAGACAAUAAUUACUUUCCUAAUGCCCACAUACCCCACUCUGAGGCAAAGAGAACUUGAAACUGAUAAUUUUUUGAUAUUUUUUUCUCAUGUUGAUUAAAAUCAAGCCCCCUUUUCACUUGUAAAUGAAAAAAGUUCCAACACGGCAUGCUAGUUUUCUACUUUACUGAUUGUUGUCAAAAUGUCUUCAUUUUUUUUUUUUUUUUUUUUUGUAUGUUGACGCUCAUGUGGGAUGUGUAGGAUGAACAGAUUAGUGCAUUGAGCUCCCAGAAUGCAGUGUGUGUGUGUGUGUGUGUGUGUGUGUGUGUGAGAGAGAGAGAGAGAGAGAGAGAGAGAGAGAGAUGAUGCUCCAGAGGGACAGAGACAUGUUGGGGUGCUGUUUGAUUGAUAUUAUUUUCAUUUGUCAGCACAGAUUUGGGUAAAUUGAGUGUGAUGGAAGAACGUCACGGAAGCACGAAGCAUCAACAGUGGAUUUAUUUUAUUCAAAAUUCCACAGUAUUGUCUGAAUAAUAAAUUGUACUGCACAAAUCUGCCUGCAAAUAAACCACACGCACACACACACACACACACACACACACACACACAGCAGCAGUAUUCCUUUUACCUGUGAGAAAAUACAAGUAGUGUAAAAUGGCUGUUUAUUAGGGUUACUGCAGGACUGUCCAGUGAAGAAGGUGAUGAAGUUCCUGCUUUGAGAAUACAGAUUGAAUUUUA